CUAAUCGUAGCCCUAAGUAUGACAUGUCUUACCAACCGAGAUCUUCAAAUCACAACGAAAGUGACGACCACCACGACAACCGUCGGCUAUACAACCCUUACCAAGAUCUUAGAGUCCCUGCACAAACCCUGUACAAACUUCCCACAUCUCCUGAAUACCUUUUUCAAGAGGAAUCCAUCGCUCAACGACGUUCAUGGGGCGAAAACCUAACAUACUACACCUACAUCGGUUACCUCAGCGGCGCAGUAGUUGGCGUCGGGAAGGGUUUAGUAGAGGGCGUGAAGGCUUCUGAGGCUGGAGACACCAUGAAACUUAGGGUUAAUCGGAUCUUAAAUGUUUCUGUACAUGCAGGUCGGACGAUCGACAACCGAGCGGGUGUAAUAGGACUGUUGUACGCAGGUAUAGAGAGCAGGAUGGUUAAGGCUAGGGAUGCAGAUGAUAUUAUUAACAGCGUGGUGGCUGGAUUAGCGACUGGAGCGCUUUACAAGGCGGCGGCGGGGCUUAGGUCGGCGGCUGUUGUCGGAGCUAUUGGUGGAAUAGCGGUGGGAUUAGCCGUGACGGGGAAGCAGAUUUUGAAGAGAUACAUACCAAUUUGAGCUUGAUCCGUAUUCAAUUUCAUCUUACUACAAGUUUUGGUCUUUUGAGAUUU